AUGCCACAAACUGCGUACAUACCGGGACCGAGUUUUUUCAAGUAUCCUUACAGUUACGCUCUGCACAGAUCUGCCUCGUCCUCGAUGAAAGAAAUGCUCGGUCGUUUAAUUUCGAAGACGACAACAAAGACGAAGCCGAGGACAAGAUGGUAUCGAUCGCAAUUACCGGCGCACAGACAAAACGAGAUGCGGUUCUCUCAUGAGGAGAACGCGGAACACAGCCAAGAACAGAUGUCGUUCCAAGGAAUGUGUAUCCCGGAUGGCGGGGACGUUGGUUACACGAUGACGGAGUUGCAACCGUCACCGCCAGGAUAUCGCGUCCAGGAUGAGGCCCCAGGCCCACCUUCCUGUCCCCCGGGGUCCUACAAAUACGCGAGCCACGGCCACGGGAGCGAGACUGCCAAUUUCAAGAGUGCCACGUCGUAUUCUCAGGAAGGCUAUGGCCUUAAGCAGAGUCCGCUUCGGUCGGUGGCUCUUAACGAAUAUUACCGUCGCAGAAACGAAGGGUGGAGGUCCAGCACGGAGAAUGAUCACGAGGGUGGUAACGGCGGCAAGAAGGCCACCGCGGUUACCAGUUACAACGACAGUCACAAGAAGAAUACUCCGGGCUAUAAGAACGACUGCGGGUACAGCGAGAACCUCGGAUUCAACAGCUUCACGCUUCCUCUUAACGAGAGAGACGAGGCUUCGCCACCACCGACGCCGCCAGUUAGGGAUGCCUCCAGCCUCAAGGGCGUGUGUUACGGUCCGGGACACGAGAAGUAUCCUUCGUGGCCAAGCGCGCCAGAACGACAGUCCGACGAGGAUAUCCACAGCUCGGGACACAGCGGUUCUCAUCGCUCCAAGUCCUGGACCGACCACACCAACUAUCCGAAGGAGAAGCCGGCCCAGUACACCAGACCACACACGAAGAGGCCCAAUCCUGCAUUCACACAGCAGUUGAAGACGGUAAUGGAGCGUUGCGAGAAGAUCCCAGCCGAGACUUACGAGUCACGCAACAGAAGUAGUGUUGAAGAGGAGCCGAGAUUGUGGCCGCGUGUGGAUCGUGAAGGUAAAGCUUUGGGAGAUGCGGAAUACGUGGUUCCAUCACCACCAGAACGAGAACAGCAGUCUCAGACUUUGAGUCACGUUGAUCUGGAAGCUUAUGUAAGAAGCUACCAGGACCCUCAGGUACCUCAGGUGGACCUCUAUCACGAAACUACCUUAACGCAAGCGGGUCUUGAGGAAUAUACGAGAGUGCAGCAUUCUCAACAAGCUAGCUACGCGCAAUCCGAAGGAUACCAUAGUUAUGUAUCUAGCGUAGAUUCUACGACGAACACGCCAUUUCUCGAUAGAUUAAGGAGAGACAGCGAAGCGGUAGCACAAAGGCCCACGGCGUCUUGGGAAGAUACUUCUCGAGAGGGUAGAGACAGCGUAGUGACUACGUCUAGUGGUAGCGCUUCUAGUAGCGAAACUUUAAAAUGGCACGGUUCGAUGUCGGAUGUUAGCGUAUCGAGUGGUAUGCCUCCUCGCCAAGUAGUAUCGGAUCGAUGGCAUCAUGGAUCUAUGUCAGACGUUAGUAGCGUAAACGGAGGGAUUAUAAAAUCUAGCAAUGGUUGUCACGAAAAGUGGCAGAGUUCUAUGAGUGAUGUCAGUACAUCUGGAAUAGGACCGCCGGCGAAAGCAAGGCACAGCAUUGACAAAUGGCAAUCUUCAAUGAACGACCGAAACAAGCAGGGACAAGGUAGGCCUAGCUUAUCACAAACGAAUCAGUGGGACAAUUCGAGCAGACUCGAGAACGACAAGUAUGCUCAAUCUAUGCCGCAAAGCCCUACGCGACAGCAAGCUGGAGCAGCGAGUCCGCAGAAUUCUGAAAAUUGGAACCCUAUACAUGGUUCGAUGUCUGACGUUAGUCAAACUAAUGGAAUCCAGUGUAGCAAGCAGCUCAUCGCUCACAGUGCUAGAGUACAGACUCCUCAACGACAUCAUUCGGAAAGCGUACUGUAUUUGGACCGUGAACGGAGCAAACGAAAACUUUAUCCAAUCAGUACAACACAACCGCAAGAAUCCACGCAAUCUUCAAGAAUAACCUUAAAUUCACCGCCACAACCGCAGCUUUCAGUAGCUGAACGCAUUAACGAAUUGGAAAAGCAGCAACAACAGCAACAAAUGCGUUACACUUAUUUGGAUCCUGAGAAGCGUCAUAGGGUGUCCGAUCCUACUUUGAAAGCUAUUCAGAAGAAAGCGCUAUUAUCUUACUAUGAAAGACAUCAUCAAGCGUCUUGGCGAUCGGAACCUCAGUUAGCACUAGGUCCUGCGCCAACUUCUCAGAGUCCUCAAAGUCCACCGCCGCAGCCUCCUCCUCGACCGAGACUAUCCUCAUCCCGAAGAGCCAGUUCAGCAUCAGAUUAUGCCAGCGGAACGUGGAGAGAAAACGUUAGUAGAGCUCAGAAUCAAGGAAAUGGUGAUUUGCCAAGCCCUAAGCAUCAACAUAGCAACAGUUGCAGUAGUCUCUCCACGGAUUUAUUAGGUCCUGUGAUAGUUGGACCAGCCAUAUCAAUAGACGACUGGGUGCCCGAGAGACCGCCUAAAAAGCCACACCUGAGAAGCGCUUUCAAUGAACGCAUACCCAGCCCCGACUUGCCACCACCAUCGCCGCCGACAGUUACAGAGAGUGAGGUCCACGAUUGCGACGAUCCAUUGCCACCCCCACCACCCGAGCUCAGCGACGAUUGUUUCACGGAGCGUAAAUCUAACAACAUUCACCACCAGACGGAGGAAACGGCAAAGAUCAGUCGUGAAAGGUCAUGCGAACGACAUAAGUCGGAAAGACAUUCCAUGAAAAGAUCGAAACACAACACCAAGAGAGAUCACGAUAAGCCCACUGGCAAAUCAUCGCCGAAUUCGACGAAAACAGACGUGCAGGAACAGGAACAGCAUCAAUUCGUGAGAUCCGCCGCGGCACUGAAACAAGUGGAUUCCGAAAUGGUACUGGAGAACGGAGUCUCGGCCGGUUUUGCCACGCACAGGAUGGUAGUCACGGGACGUUCCAGUUUGAGAUAUCCUUCUACUCAAAAACUUAUGGUGAAUGGGAGGAUAGCCCCGACGAGGAGAUUAUCCGAGGAGCGAUCUUUGUCAACCAGACCUCCGGCGCAACUACCUGAUCUCAUAUCGCAAAGAUACAGCGAUUCCGGGAAUCAGAGACCUGCCCCGCAAGUUCCCGUGGAGCCAAGGAUAAUUCGGCAGGAAUCGAUGCGAGUUGACGGGACGCGUAUCGACGCGUCUGGUUUAUUACGAAACGAUUCUGGUCAGAGAUUAGAAUCUUCUUCAGGUCAGAGACCACAGCCUCAAGUGCCUAAAAAUGUAGAUAAGAAUGCUAUUGCGAGUCCAUCGAGACCGAAUUAUCUGCCAGUGACAGAGGUCGCGAAGAGUCCGUCCAAAUACCUGAAGAGCGGAAAUCACAGUUUUUCCAUUAGCAGCCCGGUGAAAACGGGAUAUGAAGCUAGCUCAAAGCUAUUCCCCUCGGCGUCAAGCCCACAAAAGUAUCAUGAACCCCCGAAAUAUGUUCCUAAUCACCAUCAACGUCCUAAUGACGUGACGCAGAGGACUACGCAUGGUUAUUACGCACUACCGCCUAAGUACGUUGAUAUACCUAAACAGAAACCUCAGCCUCAAUGUCCGAUGGAGAAAUUCAGCACGGAUUCUCCUAGUUCGCCGCCACCACCUUUAGCACCACGGCAGAAUAUGUCGGGUAGAAAAUCCUUGCCGCCUCCGCCGAGACCCGCACCUCCGCACUCUCACCAAGGAAGCCAGUCUAAGGCUUCCUACUUGGCUUACAAACGAGAGCGUGGUGCUCCCGAUAGCGAGGGCAGCUACAAAAGAACUAUGUCGCCAACCUCACGCGUGGACGAUUGGCCGCCUCCUAGGGAUCAUGACGAUCCCGUACUUUUACGUGUCACACCGCAUCAUCCAUUACAACAGCAUCAUCAUCAUCACAAUAAUCAUCAACAACAACCUUCUGAUCUCUCCAAAUCGUACAGCGUGGACGCUCUUCAUCAUCGAUUGGAGGAGAGGUGUUCCCAACAACAGCAACAUUCAGCAGAGGUGGUCAGUAAACUCUCGCACGAUCUCAACAAAAAGCUCCAAGCUAACGAUGUACGGUCUCGCACUAACGAAAAUAACAACAACGACAACCUCGAGGAUCGGCAUCAGCAUCACCAUCAUCAUUAUCAAGAAAAAAGGCACCCAGAAAAAAGACACGACUAUGAACAACGUAGAGAAAGACUAUCGCCUCAAAGCGUGGAGGUUCUUAAUGACAGAAACAGGCAGCUAGAGCGGGAACGUCGGAAGUUGGCAGCGAGCUGUGAGCCCCUACCUCAAAAUAGAGAGGUGAGAUUAUCUCCGGAUUUCUUUCGUGAUAGAAGCGCUACGAUCGAGAUGACCUCGCAGAAUAUUGAAUUAUUAAAUCGCCGUAAUGAAAAGAGGAUGGGUGGUGUAUCAAUGUCGAAUAGCACGAUAUCCACAUCACCGAAUAAUAUCGAGACUAAUGCUCGCGUAUCGCCUCGAGCUUUGCUGUCCGGAUCAUCUCCUAAAAGUUCUCUCGAUUCUCUCACGCGGAACGAAGCUCGGAUAGAAUAUACCUCUAACAGAAAAGUCUCUAGCCCGACUCAAACGGACAAUACAGGUUCCUGGAACAGGUCUUCGAUCUCAAGCGUUUCCAAAGCAUCCUCUUCCUCCUCACCGAGAAAUUCGCCGGUGGAGGAGGACAAGUCGUCACCGAGAUCGUCGCUUUGCGUGUCGCCUCAGCCGGGUAUAGAAGGAUUAACGUUAGUGCAACGUACCGAGGUGGUGCUUCGGGUAAACGCGGCCACCAGCGACGCCGCUUCGCAAACUGAUAUCUUGGAGGACACGGAGCAAGAUUGCACCAACAAAAUUCAACGGCCGCUUCCGGAAUCUAGGAAGAAAUUACCAGAGGAGAUCGAGUGCGAAGAACUCAGCAAGGAUCUAGCCAGUCAACUCAGCCCCAACGACAAGCUGGUGCCCAUACUCGUUCCAGCGCCGGAGCACAAGAAACCCACCGACUACGUUUCCGGCCUGUUCAGGGCGGAGGCGACCUUGCAGCCACGAACAAGGCGACGGCUCUCCCUGGAAGAGUCAACGGCCUCCUGCAGCGACGACGCGGACGUGGACGAUAAAAAACACGAAACGAUACCUUCAGCUCCCGUCACGCCACUGUCGGCCGAUUCUACUAGCCCCUUAUCCCUCACUUCAGCUUAUUUCACGACAUCCGAGGGAAAGGCGAGGUUCCUGACGAGAUACUCGCGGGACGUCACGGCGGAAGGAUUAACACAUCAAGAGGAUGCGCCAGCGGUAGUAUCAACGAACAGCCUUGACCUUAGGCAGAAAAAGGAGGAGCUGAUGAUGCGCCUCGACAGGAAGCUGGUGGUUCUCAGGGCUGAGCAGGAGGCCGUAAGAGAGGAAGGUGAGGUGAACGAGACUCUGGGUGCACGAGUCGCCGCUCGCGUUUCCGCUGUGGCUCGCCCGCCGGAAGCGUCCAAGUAUCGGAAUCACGUAGAGGAAGUCGGCAAGAUUACGAGUCUUCUUCUCGGUCUCAGUGGUAGGUUGGCUCGAGCUGAGAACGCCCUUUAUGGAAUGCCGGCCGACCAUGCAGAGAGAAAAAUUUUGGAGAGCAAACGGGACAAGCUAAUGGAUCAAUUAGAAGAAGCGAAGAUUUUGAAGAACAAUAUCGAUAAACGUAGCGUGAAUAUGUCGGCGAUUCUAGCAAAGUACCUGAAUGAAGAAGAAUUUGCUGACUACCAGCAUUUCAUCAACAUGAAGGCGAAACUGAUAGUGGACGGUCGCGAGAUACAGGACAAGGUGAAGCUUGGCGAAGAGCAAUUAGCUGCGUUGAAAGAGGCAAUUGACUAGUCGUAACGAGGGACUUACAUGCUAAGUUAUUAUGAAAUCGAUUUUUAAAUAACCGCGCAUUUC